AAGUUAUGUCGCAGCUGCUCCCCCCUCUGUCGAGACGAACUCUUGUCCUGUUUCCCGUCGUUCCAGAGUUGCUGAGAGGCACCCAACCGAACCCCCCUGCCUCUCUGUCGCCCGCUGUGAGUAGCCAUCAUGCAGAGGCUGUGUGGCAUGCGCCCCGAAGGGCUGGUGAGUCUCCUCCGGUUGUUCCCUUGGCCUUGACCAGCGUACCGUCAUGUUCCAGCUAACGCUCUCGUCCAGACGGUCCAUUCGAGGUUCAGCCCUCUACCGUCAACGUGUUUCUUCGACUCAAUUCUCGUCCCCUUGCCGGCGUGGAUCCGUCUCGUCGUUACCUUCGCCUUGUUCCAUUUCGUUGUCCGGGUCCUCAUCGUUGACAAGAUCAAGCGGUACGCCGUCAAAGAGGAAUGGCAGAGGCACGCCCAGCUGUCGUUCUACUACUUCUCGAUCCUUGUUGUCUUUCUCAUGGAGAUUCUUGAAAUGGCACGGCUAGUGGAGAUCCGCUUCGCCAUCGGUCUGAUCCCCUUUGCGUUUGCUGGCUGCGGUGUAUGCGCGGCCAUGCAGGCUACCCGUGGUGCCAAGGGCCGCAUACGCAACUGGCAGCCGGCCAACGUGAUCUUCUGGGUCAUGAGCGUCGCUAUCACCAUCCUCAAGAUCCUCACAAUCCAACGGUCCAGCAUGCGCAGUCCGGAGUUCAGGCGCAUGGGUUCCGACUACCCUACGACCCAUCAGGUGCAGGACUUGGCCAUCAUCGCUGGAUUCUAUUUCCUGCUCCUCGUCAACGAGCUUGCGCUCAUGUUCCAGAAGACUUGGGAAGAGACCAUCGACGGCGAGAACAUGAAGAAGCUGCGCCUUACCCGGUCGAUCAGCGACCAGGCCCGGUACGACCUCACCCGCGCCAUCGAGGAGGGCUACUACCCGUCCGGCGUUACGUAUCUCACACUCAGGCUGGAGGGCGAAACCGCCAGCGAAAAGGCCGCCAGCAAGGACGAUAUCCUCAAGAAAACUGCUAGCAAGGACACCUCCAUUGCGGGAUCCUCAUCCAGCGAGAAGACGGCAGGCAAGAGAACCAUGGAAGAAGACACGAUCGAGCCCGUGCCCAUGAUCCCGCCCAGCUUCCGGCGCAACAGCGACCGCUGGUCCUCAGCCAUGACUCUCAGGGAUGCCGGCGCCGACGAUAACAUGAACGAAAAGGUCGGCGGCAAGGACAUGAAGAAGCGCGGCAGCGAGAGAUGGUCUUCCGCCAUGACGCUAAAGGAGCCCGCACACCAUCCAGGUCACGACAAGCGCAUCUCGAGCUUCGCCACCCCCAUGGUCGCUGAUAUCGACGAAGUCACUCCCCUGGAGCACUCACCGUCGACUUCAUCAUCGCGCUACGAAGACGAGCAUGCCGCCCAGAAGAACAUGCUCCUUGACAGCCCGUUUCCCAUAAAGGAGCCUGCUGAGAGGCGGUCCUUCUUGCUCAAGCCUUCGCGUCCGAACACGGAACGGUGGUCCAACGCGAUGACUCUCCGCGGUGAACCGUCGUCGGCGAGCCAGGAACCUCCUCCCAAGGAUUACGUUUCCAUUUCCGACACCGAGGCCCCUUCUGCCCCCAACAUGCUUCCUGCGUCCGGGACGGCACCAUCGACUCCGGAGUGCAAGGCCUCCCACAGCGAAAGAAAUACGAUGAGGCGGUGCUCUGACGCGUCGGCAAGGUCUAUCAGGCGGUUCUCGGGGCGUAACGACCUCCGCGAGGCGGCAGCCACCGCGGCGGCGUUCGUGGAAGGUGACGCGCCGGUUCCGUCACCACUCGAGUCACCUCCCCUGUCCCCAACGGAGACGCAGCCGCUGCAGCCGGAACAAUACGACCUCAACCAGACGCAUCCAUGAGGCAGUGCGCUCAGAAAACACCGAGCCGUUUAGUUGGAGAUGUUUACGAUCUCUUUCAUCUCAUCGCAAACAAAUUCAUUGACCAUCUUUCCAACAGACUAUGAGAUGGAUUAUCUAGUGUAUAAUGCCGCCUGGGAUCGUUGAAGUCAAACAACGUCCGGGAGGAGUCCGGUUGGGCACGCGUCGCGCAGGGGGGGGGGGGUUGUCUAUCUAUUCUACCGCGCCCACGCGCAUAGGGAAUCCCAUGUUGUUUUACUUGCCUGUCCAUUUCGGGUUGGAACGGAAUUUAAUGAGACAGGAGCGUCUUGUACGAAUCUUUUUCCUUUGUUUCACAUCUUGUAACAUAGACUGACUGCAUAGGGAAGGAAUUAAGAAAUGGAAGGAAUUUUGAUAAUUGAAUUGUUUGC